AGGACGGAGAACAAACAAGAUGGACAAACUUCUUCUGCUCAUCAUGGCUGCAUCAGGGCUGAGUGCUGUCUCAUCAGCUGCUGGACGUCAGUACUAUUUUGUUUAUGACAGGAAGAACUUUACUGAAGCCCAAAGAUACUGCAGAGAGAAAGACGGAGACCUGGCCACUGUAGACAACAUGGAGGUUAUGAAGAUCCUGAACAACACGGCAAAUUUAGACAACAUGUUCUACUCCAACAACAGCUACAGAGCCUGGAUAGGACUGCACGCUGACAGCUGGAGGUGGUCACUGUCAGACACAAGUUUCUACAAACCCGGGGAGACGGAGUUCAGACAAUGGUGGCCUGGAGAACCAGACGCUGGAUACAGUAGAAAAGUCUGCACAGCAAUGUAUCCUCAUUAUUAUAAUGGACUCUGGCACGACCUCAGUUGUGACCACAGCUUUUAUCCAGUCUGUGCAGAUGUCAGAGGUGAGAAUAUUAACUAGUGAAGUUUCCCUUCUCUGCUUCUCUUUGCCUCUUUGUUUUCAUUAUUCAGGCCUCUGUAGUAUCAGUCAGUCACUCUGACAAAAAGCAGCUU